AUGCCGAAUGGAACCCUCGAAGACCACCUCCAAAAACUUGUAACCCCUCUUUAUUGGGCUCAGCGACUCAAGAUCUGUAUAGGUACUGCUCGUGGGUUAGAUUACCUCCACACAGGUACCGGGAUCGAGUUUGGUGUUAUACAUCGUGAUGUCAAGAGUUCAAAUAUUCUGUUAGAUGACAACUGGGCAGCUAAAAUCUCAGACUUCGGGUUGUCCAAAAUAGGCGCAACCAAUAAGCCAUCUACUUACGUCAAGACACUUGUUAAAGGCAACUUUGGGUAUCUUGAUCCAAAUUAUUUCACAACUGGAAUGCUAACCAGGAAGUCUGAUCUGUUUUCUUUUGGGGUGGUUUUGUUGGAGGUUUUGUGUCUGAAACGUGCAGUGGAUGGAAGUCUUGAUGAGGAGCAAUGGGGUUUAGUGCCAUGGGCUCAAGAAUCUAUCAAAGAAGGCAAUUUAAAGAAUAUAAUUGAUUCUGUUUGUGGUGUGGGAUUUCUCAAAUUGAAGCUCAAACAACAUCUGAAUUUUAAUGUGAAACUCACGUACUUUGGUUUGGCUAAAUUUUACCCUAAUAUCGAUGAGUUCGAUGAGAUGAAAGAGGCUACAAUAAUUUCGGAGUGGUGUUUGUUUGAAACCCUAACAAGCCAACGUGCAUCAGUGUCGGAUUUUGGAUUUACCUCACUCGCAACAAGAUGUGUAGCUGAAGAUCCUGAGGCUAGGCCUUCAAGGGAAGAAAUUUUGAAGAGGUUGGAGCAAAUAUAUUCUAAUAACAAAUAA